AUGAACUCCGACAAGCGCCCCAACGAGAGCAAGGCUCAGUCAGACAUGGCUAGCCGCGUCAACUCAGACGAUGUGCAGGUGGUCGAGACUGAGAACGGAUUCCACAUCGAGUCGAAGGAUGCCAACAAGGCCUAUGAUGCGCUCCAGAAGUAUUGGAAGGCUCGCAACCUCGACGAAAGCCAGCGGCGCAUCACCAUAUUCCUUUCCGUGGAGGAGCCCGACGCCGAGGAAGGCGGCACCAGCACCGAGCAGCCUGGCGACACCGCCCAGGGAUCUGACUCCGACAAGGCCGGCGCCAACAUGAAGCGCGAGGAGGAUUGA